AUGGCCGUCGACACCACCUACUAUGAGCUUCUCAACAUUGAGACAACAGCCACGUCGCUUGAGAUCAAAAAGGCAUACCGAAAAGCCGCCAUCAGAUUACACCCAGAUAAGAACCCCGAUGACCCCACGGCAGCUUCAAGGUUUCAAGAGAUUGGCCAGGCGUACCAAGUCUUGAGCGACGACAACUUGAGGGCGAAGUAUGACAAGUAUGGCAUUCAGGGGUCGAUACCGCAAGAAGGAUUUGAAGAUCCUGCCGAGUUUUUCUCGAUGAUCUUUGGCGGGGAAGCUUUCAAGGAUUGGAUUGGCGAGUUGAGUUUACUCCAGGAGCUUUCCAAAUCUGCUGAACUUUCCGGGUUGUCUGAAGAAGAGGGCAAAAAGACUGAAGCAAAGAAUGAACAACAACGACAACAACACCACCAAUAUCAACACCAGAGUACAGAUGAUCUGGCUACGAGCGUGGAAUCACACGAUAGGCCUGCUACUAGCGGGUCGGAGAGGUUGUUCUUGGCCGAUUCUGCGCACGAUGAAUCCAAAUUGACCCAUAAGGAGCAAGAGGAAAAAAGGAGGAAGGAAGAAUUGGAGAAAUUCGAAGAAGAGUGCAGGGUAAAGAAGAUUGAGACGCGCAACGAGUUGGCAAAAAAAUUGGUGGAUAAGUUAUCACUCAUCACGGAAACCGAUAUGAAGGAAGAUGUGGUGGAAUCGUUCAAAGCCAAGAUCAAGUACGAAGCCGAGUCGUUGAAAAUGGAGAGUUUCGGGUUGGAGAUCUUGCAUACGAUUGGCCAUGUAUACAAGAGCAAAUCCAAGAUUUUGUUGAAAAACCAGACUUUUUUCGGGUGGGGAGGAUUGUGGUAUUCUGUCAAAGAGAAGGGAGGUGUUGUCAAGGAUACCUUUAGAGCCAUUUCGGCUGCCUUGGAUGCCCAGCGGACCAUGGAAGAGUACUCGCAAAUGCAAUUGGACAACGAGUAUCAUGCUAAGAAGGAGGCCGAGGAAGAAAUUGCAAAAAAGAAUGCCGAUGCUGAAAAGUCAAAGUUGGAGGAAGAAUUGGAGAAUUUAAAGAAGCAGCAGCAGCAGCAGCAGCAAGAGGAAGCAGGCGCUGGAGCUGCAGCUAGAGUUGGGGUUGGAGCUGGAGCUGAGGCGGCCACUGCAACGGCAGAGAGUCUGAGUGCUCAAACUACAACCAAGGAUGGGAAGAAAGAAGUUGAACCAACAAAACACACUGCUGAAGAUUUAGCAGACAUGGAAAAGUUUUUGCUAGCGAAAGUGUUGAAUGCCGCAUGGAAUGGAUCAAAAUUCGAAAUCCAAGGAACAUUGCGUGCCGUGUGUGAUUUAGUGCUAGACGAUGAGGAAGUCCCACUAGAGAAACGAGUCGCCAGGGCGCAGGCCAUGAGACUUGUUGGACAGGUUUUCUCGUCAAUCACUCGCACCGAGGCUGAAGAUGAAGAAGCGCGAGUAUUUGAAGAAUUGGUUGCCGAGGCUAGCAAGAAACGGGAGAAGAAGAAGAAGAAGCCAAAGGCUGAGGAAGGCAAUAACUAG